UUACCUUCGUAUAAGCUCAGCAAAUCAUUAAAGGUGAUAGACUCCACACAUGGGGAGUUGGACAUAUCGUUCCAACUCGCUGACCCAGUUGGCAGGGUCAUUGUCGCCGAUUACAAGAAGCCGGAGAACGCUCACCGUCACACCGCCACGCUCAAUGGCGACUACAGAUUUUGCUUCGACAACAGUUUCAGCACAUUCAGCCAGAAGACCGUCUUCUUUGAUCUGAUGGUGGAAACCGAAGAUUCGCCAUAUAAAGACUACGACGACGAUAAAGAAAUGGAGAUAGCAGGAAACUCAGCGGAAACCUACAUGAUGAAAGUUAAAGACAUAUCAGAAUCCGUGGCCAGGGUUAAAGACCACGUGUCAGCAGCUAGAAGACUGCAAGAGUUGCUGUCAGCACAUGAGGCUAGGGAUAGAAACCUGGCUGAGGAGAUGUGCUCCAGGGUAAUGAAGUGGUCGCUGUGGCAGAUUGCUGUGAUGCUUAUAGUUGGUAUAACUCAGGUGGUGUUCGUCAAGAGUCUGUUCCAGGAGCCAAGCAGCAGAAGUCUGAAGAAGUUAGUUCCUAAUUUUUUGUCUCAAUGA